AUGGUAGAAAAUACUUUUACAAAACAAAUCUUUGCAUUCCUAUUUCCUGGAAGCCCCCGUGUUAAUUCUAUCCUUGCUACAUUUUAUAUUUCAUCUAUACCAAAUUUUAUUCUUUACUUUGUUCCACCGGAUAUUAAACCAUCUUCAUUAAAUUCUCUUGUUAGUUUCGCAGUUGGUGGUCUUUUAGGUGAUGUGUUUCUUCACUUAUUACCACAUUCAUUUUUAGGUGAAACUUUUGAUGAUGAAGUUCAUUUUGUUCAAGUUGACAAGAAAAAAAAUGUAAUCAUUGGUUUAGCAAUUUUUGUUGGUUUGAUUACAUUUUAUAUUAUUGAUAAAUUGAUGCGUGUGGCAAAUGGAGGAGAAGGUGGUCAUUCACACGAUCAUAAACAAGUUAUUCAUAAUGAUGAUCAUAAAGAUUCUGGAUCAAGUACAUCUAAUGAUUCAAAUAAUAAUGAUUCAACACUUCGUCAACGAAAAUCUACAAUCGAAAAAAAGAUUACGGACGAGACACCUGUUACUAAGACACCAUCUAACAGUAUUAAAUUAUCAGCUUAUCUAAAUUUAAUUGCAGAUGCUACACAUAACUUUACAGAUGGUCUUGCUAUGGCUGCAUCAUUUUAUACAUCACCUAGUAUAGGAGCAACUACAACUGUUGCUGUAUUUUUUCAUGAAAUUCCACAUGAAAUAGGAGAUUAUGCUAUUUUGAUACAAAGUGGUUUCACCAAAAGACGAGCAAUGCUUUCACAAUUCAUAACAGCUAUUGGUGCAUUUCUUGGAACUUUUGCAGGAAUUAUGAUUGAAGAACUUAGUCGUGGUGAACAUCAUACAACAGAAGAUUUAUUCACAACAGAAAAUUUAUCAUUACCUAAAGAUGAAUCUGGGAUAUGGGGAACUGGGGUUGUUGCAGGUGAUUUAGUUAUUCCGUUUACUGCAGGUGGAUUUUUAUAUAUCGCAACUGUUGGUGUGAUCCCUGAAUUACUAGAAGUUACAGGAAAUUAUAUUAAGGAUCUCAAACAAGCAGGUACCGAGUUGUUGGCAAUGCUUAUCGGUGUUGGAAUGAUGGCGAUUAUUGCAUGGAAUGAAUGA